AUGGUACUUAAAUUAGGCAAUCUCCGUUUCGGCCUCCUCCUACUUGGUCUUGGCUAUGCAGUCAUAAGUUGUGAAGCCGCCUUGUCAAAGCAUAAAGAUCCUACAUUAACUGCUAAGGCCCUCAACCGGAGCAGUUUUCCGCCCGGUUUCAUAUUCGGGUCAGCUGGAGCAGCUUACCAGUUUGAAGGAGGAGCAAAAGAAGGUGGAAGAGGGCCAAGUAUCUGGGAUACAUUCACUCACAAAUAUCCAGACAAGAUAACGGACCGCAGCAAUGGAGAUGUGGCUAUUGAUUCAUAUCAUCGCUAUAAGGAAGAUGUUUCGAUUGUGAAGGAUAUGGGCUGGGAUGCUUACAGAUUCUCAAUCUCAUGGUCUCGAAUCUUACCCACUGGAAUGCUAAGUGGGGGCGUGAAUCAAGAAGGAAUCAAAUAUUACAACAACCUCAUCAACGAGCUUGUAGCCAAUGGCAUAAAGCCCUUUGUCACAAUCUUCCAUUGGGAUCUUCCACAAGGCAUUGAAGAUGCAUACGGUGGUUUUUUAAGCCCUAAGAGUGUGGAUGAUUUUCGAGACUACGCAGAGAUUUGCUUCAGAGAAUUUGGUGACAGAGUUAAGCAUUGGAUCACCUUAAAUGAGCCCCAUACCUUUAGCACCGCUGGUUAUACAUCCGGAGUGUUUGCACCAGGCCGAUGUUCUAAUCAUACAAAAUGUAACGGCGGGAAUUCAGGAACUGAGCCAUAUUUGGCGUCACAUCAUCAACUUCUUGCUCAUGCAGCUGCUGUGAAAGUGUACAGAGAGAAAUUUCUGGCUACACAGAAGGGCGUGAUAGGAAUAGCGCUGAACACAGGUUUUUCUGUGCCAUUUUCUGAUUCACAGGCCGACAAAGAUGCUGCAUCACGAGCAAUGGAUUUUAGUUAUGGAUGGUUUUUGAAUCCCCUGACACGGGGUCAAUAUCCGCAGAGCAUGCAAUCUCUUGUUGGGAAUCGAUUGCCCAAGUUCACCAAAGAGCAAUCGCAGAUGUUAACGGGUUCAUUUGAUUUUAUCGGACUAAACUACUACUCGUCAUCGUAUGCAAAAGCUGUUCCUCCCAAUAAGGCCGGAACGCCAAGUUACGCGACGGACUCUCAGGCUGAUUCAUUAAACAACCGCAAUGGUGUCCCCAUCGGUCCAGUGGCUGCUUCAGAUUGGCUAUAUGUUUAUCCGAAAGGACUUCGCGAUAUAUUACUUUAUACAAAGCGAAAGUAUAAGAAUCCACUUAUUUACAUCACUGAAAAUGGAGUUGAUGAGCAUAAUGAUCCCAAGUUGUCGCUUGAGCAAGCUCUUAUUGAUAAGGACAGAAUUAAGUAUUACGAUGAACAUCUUUAUUAUCUUCAAUUAGCCAUCAAGGACGGCGUUAAUGUUAAAGGAUUCUUUGCAUGGUCAUUGUUUGACAACUUUGAAUGGGCCAACGGUUACACUGUUAGGUUUGGUAUCUACUUUGUGGACUACAAAAAUGGAAAUAAAAGAUAUCCUAAACAAUCAGCCAGCUGGUUCAAGAAUUUUCUUAAAGGAAAUAGCCAUUCGAGCCCUGAACUCAAAUCAAAAGGCCAAACCACCGGCUUUGUUUCUAAAUCUAAAUCCACAUCAAGGGACAAAUCCAGGCGCUCCGGUUCGAUCUAA